UCUGGGAGCUUCUGUGCUGACCCGGAGAGGCCGGGGUGGCUGAGCAUCCGCCCGGCGCGGAACCCAGGUUCCUCCGCUCCUCCCUGCCCACGAGGGUAUGCAGCUCCUGGAAGGUGAAUUAUAUUUUAAUGUACUCCAGGUUGUGUACUACGGAUGGAAACUGUUCAAGUUUAUAAUGUCAAAAACUUUUCUUAGACCAAAGGUGUCUUCCAUGAAGGUGACAGACUGGGUAGACCCAUCAUUUGACGACUUUUCAGAAACUACAGCCUUCUCUGCUAUUCCUGCUGCGUCUUUAGGGGUGUAUAACUCAAGUCACAGGAGGAAAAACGUGCCUUCCACACUGGAAAGCAGCAAAGCCCCAGCUAGAAAAAGAGGAAAGCUAUCUUCCUUAGAACAGAGUUAUGGUCCAGAAAAUUUCAAAGAAUAUUUGUCUGAAAAUGAACCAUGGGUAGAUAAAUAUAAACCAGAAACUCAGGUAUGAAAUAGCAUGCAAGUAU